GCGUUGGAACCCCGGACUCACCAACCGGGCCCGGAGUGUCGCGUGGGCCGGACGCACCGCGGCCGAGCCCCGAAAGGGCUGUCUGGGCCCGCGCUCGCUGGCUCCUCCGUGCUGACCCGGCCGGGGUGGGGCAGGGGGCUUCGCAGACCGCCAGUGUCGACAUGCUGGUGGAGGAGCUCUACGCCGGCGACCGGCUGAGUGGGGCGGCGGCCCGGGGCGACGUUCAGGAGGUGCGCCGCCUUCUGUACCGCGAGCUGGUGCACCCAGACGUCCUGAACCGCUUCGGCAAGACGGCGCUACAGGUCAUGAUGUUUGGCAGCACCACUAUUGCCCUGGAGCUGCUGAAACAAGGUGCCAGCCCCAACAUCCAGGACAUGUCUGGUACCAGUCCAGUCCAUGAUGCAGCCCGCACUGGAUUCCUGGACACCCUGAAGGUCCUAGUGGAGCAUGGUGCUGAUGUCAACCUUCCUGAUGGCACUGGGGCACUCCCCAUCCAUCUGGCAGUGCAAGAGGGCCAUAUCACUGUAGUCAGCUUUCUGGCUGCUGAAUCUGAUCUCCAUCAUAGGGAUGCCAGGGGGCUCACCCCCCUAGAGCUGGCACAGCAGAGGGGGGCUCAGGACCUCGUGGACAUUCUGCAGGGGCAUGUGGUGGCUCCGCUGUGACCUGGGGCUGCUCUUCCCAGCAAGAGAACCCUGCUGGGUUAAAAAAUCAGAAGGGGAGGGAAGAAACACUUUCUCUUCUGCUCCUCCUGCAGAAGUGGGGAGGAGCACCAGUUUCUGGCUUUAUUGGUGUUGAUUUCUGGGGUGCCUGUGUUUGGGGGAAGUUUCUCAUUUCUUUUUCUCACCCCUUUUGGUGUGUUGGACAGAGAAGGGCUCCUGCAGGCAACAGCCACCCAAACGGUUCAGUUUCCUCUUUGCCACAGGCUGCAGACAAGACUCUAGGGCAGAGCUUUUAAAGCUCCAGCCCCAAAUUAGGUCAUUGCCUCCAGGGCUCUGGGAACCUGGCUACCUGGGCCGGCUGUGCUCAGGGAGACCCGAAGUAUGCGCACUGCUUCAGGCAUAGGGGGGAGUGGGGAGUGGGUCCAAAGCCAUAGGAGGGUAGCAUAAGUUCAUUCAUAUUAUGUUGGACGCUUGUUCUCCAGUCUCUUGUACAGCGUUUUCAAGGAAAUAGAUUCUAUUUAUUAUGCUUUAUGGAAAAGUUGUUGUGUGGGAUAAUUUAAUGUUUGUACUCAUUAAAUUAAGACUUGUGCCUGAUCAUA